CCUCACAGCAAAGAAGUGUUUCCUUCUGCUCAGACAGUACCUCCUGUGUUUCCGUGCAUGCCCGUGGCCUCCAGUCCUGUCACUGGGCACCACUGAGAAGAGUCUGGCUCUGUCCUCUUCGUACCCACCCUUCAGCAGUACAUGGUAACUCUGUCACCUUCUGGCCAUCCCAAUAAUGAAAACAGAAGCUAAGGAUGGAGAAGAGGAAAGCCUGCAGACAGCAUUCAAGAAACUAAGAGUUGACACAGCUGGAUCUACUGCUUCUCUCUCUGUGGGUGAAGGGACAAGUCCAAGAGCACUAGUUAGAACAGUGGCAGAUGAAGCCAAACCUAAGAAUGUGUGUACUUCUAAGGAAGCCUGGCAUGGGUCGAUGAAAAAGCCUUCAAGAGGAGCUGUGAGAACCCAGCGUCGCAGGCGUUCCAAGUCUCCAAUUCUUCAUCCUCCAAAGUUUGUCCAUUGCAGCACAAAAUCACAUUCUGCAUGCAGCCAGCUAGUGCACACGAGCAAGACUGAUGCCCAGGAUGACAGUGGUGGGUUUGGGAUGCCAGUCCCAAAGGAACCUUGUGCACACAAACGAUGCAGUAUUGCUCCUGAGGUUGGUCAGAAGGGAGCUGAUGUUGAGUCUUUGGGAGCUUCUGUUACACAGUCGGCAUCGGAGAACAGACAGGAGAACUCUCCAGCGGCCGUUUCUCUAGUAUCCAAAGCGAGCCUAGAGACUACGGAGCUUUCGGACUUUCAAUCGAUGUCCAAGCUGAACACGAAUAAGCCAUGUGCAUGUGCAGAUAAAGCCUGUCAGUGUAAACGAUGGCAAGAUAUGGAAGUAUACAAAUUCUCUGGCUUGCAGAACACUCUUCCGUUGGCACCUGAUAGAAGAACAGUUUCUGAGGAUCACUCCCAGUCCUUGCCAUCAAGAACUCCCUCAAGUUCUCCACGCUCUUGCUCUGAGCAAGCCAGGGCCUUUGUGGAUGACGUGACUAUUGAAGACCUUUCAGGAUACAUGGAAUAUUACUUGUAUAUUCCAAAGAAAAUGUCUCACAUGGCAGAAAUGAUGUACACCUGACAGCAAUGAGCACUAAAAACAGAAGGGUGGGUGGUUUAAGUCUGCCCUCUGUCACACUCAUGUGAGAUGCCAUCCACUCCCUGCUCACUGUGCUUGCAAUAAAAACACUUCUUUGCAUCUUA